AUGAUUCGUCCACCGCUAGCUGUGUCUUUGAUAUACUGUAGUUUACUUUUCGCUGCGAGAUCGCUUGCCAGCAAUUCCAGUGCGUCACCUUCUUCUCCCUCCACUCCAGUGGAUUACGUCAAUCCUUCGGUAUCGACGCCAGCAUCGAAAACGGCAGACCAACAUUGCGACUUUGGAUUCACACUUUUUGACGAAUGGGCUAGCUUCAGAGAGCCGAACACCUGUCCGGAAUGUGAACGUCCUAUCAAGGCAUCCGAAGCAGUUACCGAGUCGGCGUCGAAAGAAACGAUUUUGCUUUCCGCUUCUGAGACCGCAAUAGUCGUAAAGCCAUCGGAGACGGCGGAACCGUUUAUCAGCUUUGAAGAUUGGAAAAAGAUCAAACAAGCCGAAGAGGAAGAACGAGAAUAUCAAGAAGAAGAAAAGUCGGCUAAAACUAUCGCUCUGGAGGAAUCGUCAACUAGCCCAGAAUUUGCUCAGUCGCCCACGGAAAUUGCUUCUGAGAGAACGGGUUCGAAUGGAUCACCUGCCUCUUCGAACUCAUCACAGGGCAUAUCGUCUCAGCCUAGCAGCAAGGCCGAAACCACAGUCACUACAAGCCACAGCUCUUCUCAACUACCAUCUGCAUCUCCCCCACCGCAUCAUAACCGAUAUAAUUACGCCUCUCCCGACUGUUCAGCACGUAUCCAUUCCUCGUCUUCUUUGACUCAACAUGCCUCAUCGUUACUGCAUAAAUCUAGGGAUAGAUAUAUGCUCACACCAUGUAAAGCUAAAGAACAUUGGGUGGUGGUAGAGCUCUGUGAUGAGAUCCGGAUUGAAGCUGUUGAAAUUGCGGUCUGGGAAUUCUUUAGUGGUGUGGUCAGGGAAGUCAGGGUCAGCGUGGGCGGAGAGGAUGAUGAGGAAUUUGAGGAUGAUCCAGCGGACGAUGUAUCUGGCAGAAGCGUCAAAUGGAAGGAGGUCGGCUCGUUUGUGGGAAGAAAUGUAAGAGGUGUACAGACAUUUUCUCUACCUCAAGCGACCUCUUUCCAUCGAUUCGUACGACUAGACUUUCCCUCGUUCUACGGAUCGGAAUACUAUUGUCCCGUUUCGCAGCUCAAAGUAUAUGGCAUGAAUCAGAUGGAAGCUUUCAAAUGGGAACAGAAAAGGAUCAAUGUCGCUUCAAAGGGAAAGAAUGAGGCGAAGGAAAAGGAUCAUGAAGAGCGUAGAGCAAAAGAAAGGGCUGAAAAGGAGAAAAAGGAGAGAGACGAGAAGGAUGAACAGCAUCAGCGGGAGAAAGAGCUCGACGCUUUGGAAAAGCUGUUGCAUGAGCAGGCUGGAAGAUUGGUUCCAGAUAUUUUGUCGGAAACAGCGAUACUAUCGAAGAUCGAACGAAGCGUUGAUUCUACACGGUCAGAGACCGCGUCAAGGGCUACCGCUACGAACACCAAGUCAUAUCCAUCUAAUGCGACGAACUUGACCGCUCAGAUCACCAAAGGUGCUUCUGACAUAACCACCUCUUCCACAGCGCAAUCGACUUUCUCUAGGUCAUCUCCACCUCGUUCCGACUCGUCAGAAUCAAUCUACGCGUUUAUCAUUCGUCGGCUCAAUGAUCUCGAGGGAAACUCUACGCUCGUGGCACGUUACAUAGAAGAGCAAGCCAAAGUCAUGCGGCAGAUGCUGACCAGAGUGGAAAAGGGCUGGGAAGAUUGGAAAGGAGAUGAUCAAGGACGCUGGGAUCAAGAGGAAGAUCGAUUAGGGAGGGUGAUAUCCCAGCUGGAGCAGCAGAGGUCUGCAUUUGAAGAGGAACGGAGGACUCUUCAAUCACAGCUGCGGGAAUUAGUAGAUGAGCUCGGCUAUGAAAGACGUCGUGGUCUAGCACAACUAUUCGUAAUGUUCAUUAUCAUCAUCCUUGGUGUCAUCAGCAGAAGCUCCACCAUUGAUGCCGUGCUCAAGCCGCUUCUCGCUGAAGCAAGAAGACGGAGAAGCAUUUACGGUCGCAAGAGCUUUUCAGGUCCGUUGGCGGGAUUGAGGAUCGAUAUGGGAGCUGGUCGACCACCUGCCGUUAUAGGGCAAGAAAGAUCCGACAGCAAAAAUAAUCGACGGGAAGGGGAUUCGCCCACUCCAGUAUCAGCCAAGACACGUUCUUUGGGCAGAAAUAACUCCAUCUCACGAAGACCGGGUACACCGACUGCAUCACGUCAACGUCGUUUACCACCGGGAGUACUCACUUCAAAUUACCGUUCAGUCUCCGCUGCAGAUCCUUACCAACUGUUGUCCUCGUCACCGAUUCAUUCCAGCGCAAGUCCAAAUCAUCUCACUAAUCCAAAACCUAGAGCUGCGCUGGCUGCGAGACUUGGUGGCGGUGGACUUCCCAAAAAAAUGGCAAGGAGUGCACAUCUUCAUACGAUCGAUGGUGACCGCAGAAACGAGAACACAGCGAGAAACUUGUCAUCGUCCCCCAAUACUGGAGUGAAUACACCAAAGAGACCUCGGUCGAGUCAACUUUUCCACGACGAGUCUAUAAGCCCGCCAAUUAACGAUAUUUCCCCAUUUACAGAAAGCGGGGAAGAGAAACUGGCCGAGCCGCUGACCAUCGAAGAUGGUCCCAGCGAUUGGGGGACAGAUGUGGAGACCGAAGCCAGUGUAUCAGAAAUCGAGGAUGACAUUGCACCGCGUACAAACUCCAUAGCGGAUGAAAUGGUCAUGGAAUUGACGGAUAUCUGGCGUGGAGGAAAGUAA